GUACUAUCUAUUGUCCGCUAUUGAUUUUAGGUUUAUCGUAAACCUUACCUUUUGAUCAAAUCAAGAUCACGUGAAAGUAGAGAUGAUCGGAUAAUUAAAGAAUGCCACGUGUAUUGAUGAGCAGAAGGCUCUCAUCUAAUUUAAGUGUCUAUAAUGAUGAUCUUUGUUUGCAGUAAGUAAGAGUUGCGGUGCUUACCUCUGAUGUAAACAUAUCCCAAAGUGUUUUCAAAUUUUUGACUUUAAAAUGACUAGUGAAGAAAGAAAGUGCGCAGCUCGAAUUUCGUACGUCAUACUUGAUUCUUUUCCCAAAAUGCUACAGGAAUUGUCAUUAAAAGGUAUGAAACCGCAUAGAUUACAUCAGCAAUAUAUUAAUAACCCGAGAGAUUUGGUAAAAAAACUGAGACUUACAGAUGAGGAAAAAGAUAUGAUAUCAAAAUUGUCAACAGAGCAAACAUUUCAAACAUGCGAUUUGUCCCUUCUUUAUAAGGUGAUUCGAAAUUUUAAUCUUGUACCUGUACCAGCCAAUGGAUGGGGAAAGAAAGUGUUUGGCUUAAGAUCCACUGGAGAUGCUGUCGAAGGAUUGCGUCGCAUUAGAAACAACUUAAUGCAUAGGCCAAAUGCUAAAUAUGAUAAGCGAAAAGAACUGAGAGUGUUUAACGAGUCGCUUAAUAUUGCUAGAUUUAUCGAUGGCUAUUUAAAUAAAACAACGGACACAUUUGAGGAUGAAAUACUCUCUCAUCAAUCAUGGGAUCCAGAGAAGGAGAUACGAGAGAAAUACAUAUGUGCUCUUGAGAAAUUACUGGAAUUGGAAGACUUGGGAGUUGAGACUGUGAAUGGUUGGGAAAUAGCAAUGUUCAUUGCAAAAGACUUACAUUGGAAUCCACAAAGCUCAGAAACAACAGAGGAAAACAUCCCACUAACAGUUUACGUAAGAGCAAAGUGUUUAAACAAGGAGGCUGUAAUACAAAGACUAAAUGAAAUGAAAGAAAUAAUCAACAAAGGUCAAUACAAGAUCAUUUUCAAAUAUGCUGAAAAUGGGUCUGUAAUACUACACGUGGCGGCAGUUGCUUUACACAUGGAUACAAAAGAUGCAUUGGUGAGCGAAAUGAAAAAGUUCAUCAAAAGGGUAUUUUCAAUUCUCAACCCAACCUGUAUGAAACGUCCAAAUGAGCAGCACGAUAUUGCACUGUGGUCAUUUACCAGGAAACAACUUAAUACUAAAGUUGAGUGCGUCUUUGCAACAUCAGAUAUAGUUGAGGAAGAAACAGAAAACCGAAAAAGACAAAGAGAUGAAGAGCUUAAUGAAGAUGUGAAAUGUUGGAAGAAAAUAAGACACGAAACCCUUCCAAGACUGAACGAUUUAAAACGAGAACUCCAAAGGGCAAAUGACAAAAUACGAUUCGCAAGAACAGCGAGAAAUGUAACAACUGGUACAUCAUUACUUAUUGGAGCAUUGUUGGCCCCUUUUACAGGGGGUGCGUCUUUAGUUGGGGCUGCUGCGAUGACGACUGGUGUUGCUGGUAUCACGUUAGUUUUUGAAACUAUCAUCGAAAAGAGUGUUAUUCAAACAACACAGGCCGGUGUUAACAGAGAUAAAACGGAAACCGUCCGACUACGUCAGAGAGUAACAGCUUUUCAGGGCAAUGAGAGCUCUCCAUUUGCCGAAGAAUUAUUUACAAUUAAUCUUGACACCAUCAUCAAUUUAACUGAAAAGUCACUGUGGUCUUUUCUCCAAAGUUGGGCUGGAACUGAAAGUACCUCUUUAUUAAAUGCAAUUACCACACUAGAUACCUACAUCAAUAAUUUAGAAAUGGAACUUAAAACCGUUGAGGAGGUCCAAGGAAAAUAUGCAAUGCCUUAAAAGACAUACACAUGAACAUGAACAUAUCUUUUACAUAUAUUGUCACUUCUUAAUGUAUUUGCAUACAACAUGUGUUAUUUAAAUCAACAUGCUUUUUUUGUGAGUUAUGGAGGCUUUCAGAAGUGUUGCAUGUACGAAUUUGAUUUUUUUUGUAUUGUGAUUAUUUUUCACACUGUUUUAAUUCUUUAUGGGCUUUAAUACAUAACAAUAUAGAUAUAACAUUGGUGUUAUAGUCAAGCAAUUAUUUCUUGUGCACUUUGGACAAAACCUGACAUUUUAAACAAAGCUAAUGUGAUUCGUUAUUAACAAAAACAAGAUAUGAAGACAAUGUUGAUUUUAUUAACUUCUGGUUGUAUCUUCAAAAUGGUGGACAUGUUAAUAAUUUGAUAACUGAAUAUUGUUAUUUAUUUUUCAUAAUCUGUAGCUUAA